AUGAUUCAACUAUUUAAAUCCACUCGAUUUGCUCGUUCGUGCUCUUGUUUUUUACGUACAAUGUCAGCAUCUGUAAAAAUCCAUGGCGUUGAUGUGCCUGUAACCGCUAGUUGUCAAUGCCAACUUCAAGACAUUCUCAAAAAUCCUAAUUUUACAAACUGGGUCAAUAGUAUUGACGAUGGUCUCCUCGUGAAAAGCAUUGAUAUUCAAAAUGUUGACUAUUUCGGAAAUGGAAGAAUCGGGUUCAUUAAGUUCAAAUCUUUAGUGUACAAAGCUUCGAAUCCAGAGGGAAGACAUGUUCCUGGCAUUGUGUUCAUGCGUGGACCUUCUGUGGCGAUUUUGAUCGUUCUCAAGUGUAACGGAAAGAAGUACACGAUUUUAACGCGUCAACCGCGCGUGCCUAUUGCCAACUCUUGUUUUACCGAAAUUCCUGCGGGAGUGUUUGAUGGGGAAGCUUUCGGAGGUGUUGCGGCAAAGGAAUUAAAGGAAGAAGUUGGACUCAGUAUAAAUGCAUCGGAUCUGGUCGAUAUGACCAAGGAGGUGUACGGUGAUCGUUAUCCGGGAAUGUAUCCUUCUCCUGGAGGUUGUGACGAGUACAUUAAGCUGUUCUUAUACGAGAAGGAGGUGAGCGAGGCCGAGCUGAAUUCAUUCCAGGACAAAGCCACGGGACUAAUGGAGGAAGGUGAAUACAUUUUGAUGCCAAGGCUUUGUGCGCUUUAG